GGCACAAUCCGAUAUCGCCAUGACUUUGAUGCAGGAGCGGUUGCCGAGACCUUGAAGAACGCCAUGUCUGGCGUUGGGACAGACGAGGAAACGGUCAUCAACUGCCUUGGCAACCAUACCUGCGAACAGAGGCUGGCCAUCGCCCAGGCCUACAAGACCGCCUAUGGAAAGGACCUUCUGGACGACAUCAAGUCAGAACUGUCUGGAGACUUUGAGACCGUCUGUGUCGCCAUGUUGACGCCCCCUAGGAAACUAGACGCCCAGCAGCUUCAUGAAGCCAUUUGUGGAGCAGGGACUGACGAGACGGCCAUCAUUGAAAUCUUGUGCACCAAGACCAACGAAGAAAUUGAGGAGAUCAAGGCUGCAUACAAGCAAGAAUAUGAAAGCGACCUAGAAGCAGACUUGAGCAGUGAUACUUCCGGAUAUUUUCGCCGUUUGUUGGUGUCACUGCUGGCUGCCGGCAGGGAGUCGGACGAGGGCGGUGUUGAUUCUGCUAGGGUGCAGGAAGAUGCACAGAAAUUCUUUGAGGCUGGUGAAUCUCGAUGGGGAACUGAUGAAGCUGACUUGAACGCCAUCUUGUGCUUGAGAAGUCGAGAGCACCUUCUGGAAGUUUUCCGCGAGUUUGAGAACCUGAGUGGAAAGUCCAUUGAGGAAUCCAUUGAGAGUGAAUGCAGCGGGCCUUUACAGCAAGGCUAUCUGGCCCUAGUUGAAAGUAUCAAAGACACGCCCGGGUUUUUUGCCAGAAGAAUUAAAGAAAGUGUUCAAGGUGCAGGGACAAGUGACGCACAUCUCAUUCGAAUCAUUGUCACCAGGAGUGAGAUUGACAUGGUGGAAAUUGACGAGGCCUACCAAGCCAGGUAUGAAAAGAGCAUUAUCGAAGAAAUUGAAAACGAGUGCGGAGGAGACUACAAGAAGUUGCUGAUUGCCUGUGUGAAAAUCCAGGAUUAG